UCUUAGUUUCAAACAUGGCAGAAGAAGUUCCUGCUGAAAAUGAAGGAAAAAUUCCCUUCACUUCUCGCAAUGGGUCAUACACAAAAGCUGUUUUCCGCAUGCUGAAAAGCAGCGCAGUAAAGACUGUAUUCAAGGGUAUUGUACUUUUGCUGUUCUUAUCUGCAUUUGUUUAUCAAGUCAUCACUUUUCUCAACUAUGUUUUUGAAUAUCCUACUGUGGUCACUACAGACAUUAUCUCGCCUGAAAAGUAUUUGACACCGGCAUUCACAUUUUGCAGCAGCGUGAAAAUUAGUAGAGAAAAGUACUGUGUGAAGUAUCCGGAUAGAUGCAUUGUAGCUGACGAUGAAUUCUGUGACAAAUAUAAGGGAUACUGCUCCAUACUUAAUAUCACUGUAAAGAAAGAAUACCUUCUGGAAUUGAAUGAAACGGACCUUGAUGAACUGGAAUAUAAUCUCUUAGAUAUUUUAGUUCAUCCACGAGAUAUAAAAGACACCAGAUAUUGGGAUACAGGCGCACUGCCAAGAAUAUCAUAUUCAUACAAAACUAUAUCAAAUUGCUAUUCAUACGCUUCAGUUACAGAAGAACAAAAAGAACCAAUAUACGAGUUUCAAAGAAACAUUUUCGAAAUUGGCAAAGGUUCAUCAAAGUUGAUCCACCUUAGAGAUUUUGUCUUUAAGCCACCUGAGAUGUUUCAGGCUGAUAUUCCCGCAGGAAUAUUUUUUACAGUUCAUUCGCAGUUCGACGCAUCUAAUCCUUUUUUAUCUGGGCACUUUUUUCGUCCAGGUAAAUCAUACCGAAUAAACGUUGAAAUGAAAGAAGAGAGACGGCUCCCCCCUCCCUAUAAAACAAAUUGCACAGAUUAUAUCAAGCUUUGGUUAGAAAAUGGGAAAUCUGGACCACGAUCGAAAAAGAUGUGCCAGUUGAAAUGUGAAGCAAAUUACUACACAAACUGUUUAAACUGCUCUAAGAGGUCGAUAAUUUAUCCUUCGAAAUUAAAACCCUGUUCAGAAAAAGAUUCAGUUCGAAAAUUAAGUCCAGAAUGUCAACGCAUGAGUAGAGGAACCAUAUAUGACUGUUUUAAAGAUUGUAAAGAGGAAUGUCAGGAGACGAUUUAUACGUACACCAUACUAGAAAAACCUUUACAGCUAAGUUUUUAUUCAUCUGCAGUUUCUAAAUUGAGUUACACUAAAGAUUCAAGUUUAAUAUACGUAGAUGUGCAUAUUAAUGAUAAGGAAAUUACACAUCUUGAAUUCAGUCCAAAAUACGAGAAAGUGGAAAUAUUCAGCUAUAUUGGCGGAUUCCUUGGUAUUUGGCUCGGAGUAUCUUUUGUCCAGGCAACAGACUUUAUCCAUUCCUUAUUUCACAUUGGUUGGGAGUUCUUUAAAAAGAAAAAACAAAAUUCUUCAACUCAUAAUGUGUAAAAUAUUUUUUUUGUGUUAAAAA